AUGGAUCCACCACCUCUACCCACUGGCCCCACCGCUGCCGCCGCCACCAGCGUGCAUCUUAGCUACCCUGACUCCGUUGAAUCCUCCCCACGCUCCCGCACUGAGAACUCCUAUGAUGACCCUCUCCCAGCUGUCCCUGGAGCAAGGCUCCGCCUAAUGUGUAGCUUUGGUGGUCAUAUAAUACCCCGUCCUCAUGACAAAACCCUUUGCUACGUCGGUGGUGAGACUCGUCUUGUUGCGGUUGAUCGCCAUUGCUCCCUCUCAGCCUUUUGCACCCGCCUCUCACGCGCCCUUCUCAAUGGCCGACACUUUACGUUGAAGUACCAGCUCCCAAAUGAAGACCUUGACUCUCUUGUAUCAGUUGCCACGGAUGAGGAUCUUGAGAACAUGAUUGAAGAAUAUGACCGUCUAACAGCAUCAUCAGCUUCUUCUGCAACCUCCUCUCGAAUCCGUUUAUUUCUUUUCUUUAACAAGCCUGACACUGCAGCCUCCAUGGGUCCGCUGCUAAAUGAUGCCAAGUCUGAAACAUGGUUCGUUGAUGCUCUUAAUGGUUCGGGGUUGAUUCCUAGAGGGCACUCUGAUUCUGCUGCCAUGGAGACCUUGUUGAAUCUUGAUGGUGAGUUGGAGGCACAAGAAGUAGCAGAGGAACAGACCAAGCAAGUGAAAAGCAAUAAUGCAGUUCAUCAUGAGGUACAAUGUUCAUUGCAUGAUUCGCCUAUGGUGGAGAAAACUUCAUCUUUUGGUUCACCUUCUUCUUCACCUUCAAUAUCUAACUUACCACCUAUUCGGGUUCGAGUUGAUCAGGAUGGAGUUGCUAAAGUGCAGGACCAGAGGGUUGGCAUAGAAGAGCAGUUUGCUGAGAUAAGUUUUGCUACUACUAUUCAUAAGCAAGAUGAUGGUUACGGGGCUGCUGUGUCUGCUCUGCCCCCGCACCCUGUGGCUGUUGCGACUGCUAUGAUCACUUCUGCAGGGGGUUCAAGUGACAACUUGAAUCGGAUUUUGUCUGAUGAUGAGAGAUCCGAUCAAGGGGUGCCUAUUGGUUUUCGCAAACCUCCAUUACCAUUGCAGCCAGUACAACAGAAAGCUUGUGGCGCUUAUAAUUUGCCUUCCCCUGAUUCAGUUGCAAGUGAUAGCAGCAUUGCCUCGGCAAAUUCUCUGUCAAAACCCAUGUAUUAUCAAGAUCAAGCUCAUAUUGCAUCCAGAGAUAGCAAAGCUGCUGUUAGCCCCAAUACAAAGGCUGAUACUUCCAUUCCAAACUCCCAAAUCCAAAUUCAUCAGGUUCAAGAUGCCUAUGCUUUAGCUCCACAAUUGGAUCAGCAGCAGCAACAAGCACAGCAACAAUUCAUGCAAACCAGCAUGCACUACAUCCCCCACCCUACUGCAUCUCCUGCUCCAGUGCCAAUGUCAUCUUACUAUCCAGUGUAUGCUACACCAUCGCAGCAGCAUCAGCUUCAUCAUCCAGCCGAUCAGCAGUACCCUGCAGUGUAUGUAAUGCCUGUUACACAAGUAACACAACCACAACCAUACAUGUCCAUGCAAUCUAGCACCGGUGUCAUGACUCUGAAAUCCAACGUAACUGAUGCUAGCAUUGUGGCCCCAAGCCUCCCAUUGACACCUCCAGCUCCUUCAAUAGUUGCUGCCACCACUGCUUACAAAGAGGCCACGCCUCCCAUGUACCCUACAAAUACAGCUGCCCUUGCUAAACCUGAAAUGGCAGCAACUGUGUACAGAACAGCUGUGCCAUCAACUCCUCAACUGGUUCAAGUUCAGCAACCAUAUGUUGGCUUCUCCCAAAUGCAGCAUCCACCACAAUCAGUUGCUGUUACACCUGCUGCUACUGCCAAUUAUGGUUAUGAGUAUCCAAAUCCUUCACAAGAUCAAAUGUUCUAUGCUCAGCAUCAAGCUCCUUCACUGCCUCCGCAGUAUCAAACCAUGACUCAAGCUACUGCAGCAGCUGCAUUGGCUGAUGCUUCACUGCAGCAGCCCACAGACGGUAGCAAUCAGCAAAUUAGAAUCUCACAGCCACUAUAA